CGUAACCAGACGAUUAGCACAAACGUUAGAAUCGGAUACCGGAGAAGCCAUAGAGUGGAAGUUAUUCAACCGGAAUUUCAAACGAGAUUACAGUCGUGCGAUCGUUUUUUGUAUACUUCCGUAAUGACGGAAGUUGUCGUUAGUAAAAUCAUGAUAGAUAGCUUAACGUUUAUGGAAAUGCUCAAUUGUCAUUUGAGGUGAGAGUGGAUGGAAUGGAGUUAUGGCGACCGACGUUCGCUGGCUUAGAAGAUAUCGCCCUUUCUUCAUCAUUGCCAUCGUCAUUCUCGUACUCCAGGGCUUCCUCGCCUAUAGUUUUUAUAGUAUAUACUCUUCCGAAGCGGAUAUCACAUGGAAAAAGAGCAAACCGAAUCAUCAAUUUCAAAGAAAACAAAUUUCCUAUUUAGACCCAUUGGUAAAUAGAUUCCUAGAUGAUUAUUUAACAGAUGAUGAAGAUACACUGAGUAAUGCGUGGGAUCGUCUUAUGAAAGAUAGCAGUAGCCGAAAUAUUCCACCUAAAGAUGCAGAAAAACAGAAAGGAGUUGCCGAUCCUGCUAUACCUGCUGCAAAAGAUCUACAAUAUAUAAAAAAUAAAUCUUUGAAAGUGCCUGGAUUGGUAGUAAAUGAUAAAACUUCAAACAGUAAUAAUAGUACUACGAAUAGUAAUAAAAGUGAAGAAAUAUUAAAAUUGAAUCGAGACGAAUUAGAUUUCAAGCCAUGGUGUGAAAUAACAAACAAAGAAACUAUAUCAGCUAUACAUCGAGCUACUACUCAGGCUUGUAAACAAGAACUAGUCAAUAUUACGUGCCUUAUUCAACAAGGAAAUUUGUAUCCAAAGAGAUUACCUAGAUAUUGUCCAAUAGAAGGUGGAAAACAGGGUGAAUAUUUGGGUUGCUAUGUUGAUCGAGUGAAGAAACGCUUAUUGUCUGGUUAUGUUUUUAAGUUAAAUAAUAAUACUCCUGCAUUGUGUAUUGAUAAAUGUCUUCGGUUUGGUUUUCAAUUUGCUGGUGUACAGUACAGUGUUGAAUGUUUUUGUGGUAAUAAUGUUCCUUCUAAAGAAUUUAAAACUCAUGCCAACAAAUGCAAUAUGGCUUGCCCUAAGGAGCCACAAAUGCGUUGCGGGGGAUAUUUAACUAUGAAUAUUUAUAGAACUGGUCUUCCAAAACCUAUAAAACAUGAGCCAAAAUCCAUUAAUAGUAUAAGAGCUAUGGCUGAAACAGAUACAGUUAGAAUAGUAUUUCUUUUGACUAUUAAUGGCCGUGCCGUCCGUCAGGUUCGUCGUCUAAUUCGGGUUCUUUAUCAUGAAAGACAUUAUUUUUACAUUCAUGUUGAUUCUAGAUGUGAUUAUCUUUUUCGUGCACUUCUGCCUCUGGAAGAAAAAUAUUCCAAUAUUCGUUUAUCAAGGUGGCGUCUGUCCACCAUUUGGGGUGGAGCUAGUCUUCUUCAAAUGUUAUUGCGUUGUAUUUCAAACAUUAUUGACCUGAAAAACUGGAAAUGGGAUUUUGUUAUAAAUCUCAGUGAAAGUGACUUUCCUGUAAAGUCACUUUCUUAUUUAGAACGUUUUCUCACUGCUAACAAAGGAAUGAAUUUUAUUAAAAGUCAUGGUCAAGAUACUCAAAGGUUUAUAGCUAAACAAGGAUUAGAUAAAACUUUUUAUGAAUGUGAUACACAUAUGUGGCGAUUAGGUGACAGAGAACUUCCGUGGGGUAUAAAAUUAGAUGGAGGAAGUGAUUGGUUAGCAUUAAGUUAUGAGUUUUCUGUUUAUAUUACUAAAGGAGAUGAUGGUUUGUUACAAGGAUUAAAAGUUUUGUAUCAGUAUACUUUACUGCCAGGAGAGUCUUUUUUUCAUACUAUCAUCCAAAACAGUAUAUACUGUGAUACAAUAAUAGAUAAUAAUUUACAUGUAACAAAUUGGAAGAGAAAACAAGGUUGUAAAUGCCAGUAUAAGCAUAUUGUAGAUUGGUGUGGUUGUUCUCCUAAUGAUUUCAAACCAGAAGAUUGGCCUAGGCUUCAGUCCACAGAGGACCGUCCAUUUUUCUUUGCUAGAAAAUUUGAACCGAUAAUUAAUCUGCAGGUUAUUAAUCAAGUGGAACUAUGGAUAAAUAGUCCUUAUAAUAGAGAUAUUGGGAAUAUUUUAGAAGUCCCAAGUAUGAACUCAUAUUGGCAAAACGAUUAUCAUUAUAGAGAAAAAUCCCCUUCACCAGAUGAUGCUCGGUUAUCUGUGUAUGACAGUUUUUCCCGUUUAGGUACAAGACAGCUUCAAAAUGCAUUACAAACUUGUAAAUUGACAGCCAAAAAAGUACAAGAAGCAACUCUUUAUAUGGAUAAUGAUGUCUUUAAGGGAAUUCUUGUUCUUUAUGAAGCCACCAUACCUAAUGUAGAACAACCUGUGAUUCUAGAAACCCAUAUUCAACCAAUUCAGUAUUAUACUGUGCAUAAAGCAUUCGGACCAACUGGUAGACUAAAAUUUUUACAGGUUGGAUCACAUUUUGAUUUAAAAGAGCAGGUAUUUAGAAAUUUUGGAUCCAUAUUAGGACCAUUUUCAGAACCUGGUGCAGUUCAUAAAUGGGGGCCUGGCCAGGCUUUCUCAGCAACAUUUGUUUGGGUAGAUUCAACAAAUACUGUUGCUGGCUCUUAUGAAGUAAAGAUUGAAACAGGUGUACAGGUUCUCUAUCAUAAACCUAUCUUUCGCCAACCACUUCGCCCUGGAAUCUGGACAUUGCAGCUGUUAUAUAAUUGGGUAAUAGUGGCAGAAGCACAAUUUCUAGUAACACCUUUAUCAUAUUAUAAUGGUCACAAAGUAGGCAGUGAACAAGCAAAAUUUCUUCACAACGGGCCCGGACAACGAUACGUCGAUCACGAUUUUUCCAGCGUAGAGAUUCUUUUGGGUUACACCAAUAAAAGUACCGUGUUGAGACAGGCAUCUGCCAACUCUCGUCGAUACGGCAAAGACUUGGAGGAAUGGAUUGAUUCGUUGGUGGCACAAUUUUGGACGGUACAGAACACGUGUUUUCUCGCACAGCCGCAACAUCCGACGGGUGGAGCAGUGUGUCUUCGGCUGGACCUCGAUCCCUGCCACAUGACUACUUGGAGUUCAAGAUCCCCGGAUCCAAAGUCAGAUAUAAGGCCAUCCGAACAGAAGAAUAAAAGCGAGAAGAAAGUUAGCUGAAUAGAGUAAUAAUAAAAUUAUCACAUGUACAGUUUUUUAAUCACAAAUUGUUUAUAUAACUAUACACAUUUAAAUAUAUUAUUUACAUAUAAUUAUACAUAUUAAAAAAUAUUGACUUUUGUAUAUCAUCUCGAUGUGAAUACACAAUGAAAUUUUCUCUUAUACAUAAUUUGUAAUGACACAGAUAAGAAGUUUAAUUUAGUUCUGUUUGUCUGAUACUAUUCAUAUCACUAUAGUAGACAAUCAAAUAUUUGAAAUAAUUCAAAAUAUAUGUUCCUUUUGAAAAUUUGUUGGUUUUAUUGCAAAUAUAGUACUAAAUUUAUUAUUAUUAUUAUUAUUAUUAAUGCAAAUUAUAAUUUUGUUAAUAGUUUAUCAGAAUUGAUAUUUCUUGUUGUUGAUGGCACGUAACCCACAAGAUUUGCUAUUAUUUUUUAGUGAAAGAUUUAAUUUUAAAUAUUUGCUAUUCUCCAAAUAUAGUGUGCAGGUAAGUGGGAUGCCUGCAAAUAAUUUGAUUCUUAUGUUUCAAACAAUAUUUUCACAUUUAACUUUUUCAAGUUGAAAAAAUUUAAGAUUUUCAAUUUUUGAAAUAAUUUUGUUUUAUUCUAGUAAAAAUACUAUUUUAAAAAAGUACCGAAUUUAAUUAUAAUUUAGAAAAUAGCUCAUAAUGCUUUUUAAAAUGUGCCAUGUUUAUUAUGAAAGUUUUCCUUUUUUAUUAUUUGGAUAGAGGAAUGUGCCAUAGAUUAGCCAAGAAUAAACAAGCUAUUAAAAGAAAAAAAAAAAUACAAAUAUAUCAGGGAAUAAUAAAUUUGCGAUCAGCGUUUUCAUAUUUUUCAAAUAA